AUGAACCUGUGUCCUCUUCAUACUGCGACACAGACUGCUCAGCAUGCUCCCAGAGAAGGCUAUCUCGUCAAUGAUGGACUUCUUGAGCCUGGCAUGGUUGGGAAGCUCAAACAGUCCUACCCAUCUGAGCCGAUCGCAGACCUGAGAGCCCGCUAUGAAGAGGAUGGCUAUCUGUUCAUGAAAGGUCUCCUCCCCCGCUCUGACGUUCUUGAUUGUCGGGAAGCGUACUUCCAUUUCCUCAGUCCGAGUGGUGUUCUGCAACCCAAUUCGGCUCCCGUUGAUGGUAUAUUCGAUCCUGAUAACGAGGGCGUCAACUAUCCCAGUAUUGGCGCUGGCCCUUUCGGUAAAGAGCAGAUCAACCCAGGUUCAUUCGCGAGCCUUGCGGAGAAAGCUCAUACAGAGGGCUUUUACCUUGAGUUUUCGAGACACCCAGCCCUCAGAGAUUUCAUUUCCAGGCUGAAAGGCUGGGGCGAUGAUACAAAGUUACUCCCAAGGUCUUUGUUGAGAAAUAAUACGCCGCAUAACAAUGCAAUUGGAGUGCAUUAUGAUCAAUCAUUUCUGAGAUAUGGAGAGCCUACUUCAGUGACAGCUUGGGUACCAAUCGGUGAUAUCAGCCUUCAAGGCGGUGGGCUGAUAUACCUCGAAGGUAGUAAGUGUUCCUCCAAGGCUUUGAAUAUCCCCAAGCUGACCGUCAAAGGCGACACUCUGGGUCGAACAUUGGAAGAUGCCUUCAACAAAAAGGCGAGGGAGGGCGGUAUGACUGAAGAGGAACGCAUUAACGCAUUCAACAAAAACAUGAUGUCCAGCGGUUUCUUAGAACUGGGUCCCAUCAAAUUUCUACAAGACAACGGAGGCGGAAGAUGGCUUUUGACAGAGUAUCAAGCUGGCGAUGUUGUUUUUCACAAACCACAUAUGAUUCACGCUUCAACUAUUAAUGAGGAUCCUGAGAACCGAAUUCGACUCGGAACGGAUUUGAGGUUUGUCGAUUCUUCGAGACCUCACGACACGAGAUGGUCUGUUCCUUUUCGACUUGAUGAUGGGCUGUGA